AUGAGCCUCCAGGUAACCGGAAGCACCCGCCCUACACCUACCUGCUUUUUCUGCUGGACUUUGACCGUGGAGCGCCUCCAGGGAACUCUGACAGGGACACAACAGAGCUCCAGGAUGCUUCAUGUGACGGACAGACAGUCUCUGAACUUCCAGUUUGGUGCCUUCACUGUCCUGCUUUUCCACCCUGUUGUCUUCCUCGCCCUGAUACACUCAUGUACAGGUCAGUCUCAGCUGAUUGGUCCGUCUCAGCCAAUAGUGGCAUUAGUCGGUGAUGACAUCAUUUUGCCGUGUCACCUUGACCCUGCCAUGAAUGUCUUUGACAUGACAGUAGAGUGGGCGAGACCUGACCUGGACCCCAGGUUUGUGGUGGUGUGGCGUGACGGUGUGGAACUGGAGAGUAAAAAACAUCCGUCCUACAGAGGAAGAACAUCAGUGUUCACUGAUGAACUGAAGCACGGAAACGUUUCACUGAAACUGUCCAACGUGAGAAGAUCUGAUGAGGCAACAUACAGAUGUUUCAUUCCAGCAAUAGACAGAGCCCGGACUGUUCAGCUGGUUGUUGGUGCCGUCUCCUCACCUGUAAUCCACACGACUAAAACCAUGAGUGAAGUGGUUCUACAGUGUGAGUCUGCAGGCUGGUAUCCAGAGCCUGAGGUGCUGUGGCUGGACGCUGAGGGAAACCUCCUCUCUGCUGGACCUACAGAGACACUCAGAGGUCCUGAUGACCUCUACACUGUCAGCAGCAAUGUGACUGUGGACAAGAGACACGGCAACAACUUCACCUGUAGAGUCCAUCAGAAGAACAUCAACCAGACCAGAGAGACACACGUCCUGGUUCCAGAUCAUUUCUUCAUGGUCCCCAGUACUACCAGUAGUCCCAGUACUCCCAGUACUACCAGUACUCCCAGUACUCCUGUUACUCCUGGUAGUCAACAAGGUAUUAUUGGCUCAGUUAUAGGCUGUGCUGCUCUGGUGUUAAUUCCUGCUGCUGUCUUUGUCGUGUGGAAAUGGAGACACAAGAAAUUCAAAAACAAGAGGAGGAGCCACGAAGACGGACCUGAGCAGAUGGAGGCAGAAAAGAUGGUCACAUCUAGAAGUGAUAACACAGGAUUUCAGGUUGUGGUGGAAGGAGAAGGAGAAAGGGUACCUCUUAUGGCAGGAAGUGAAGGACAGAAUAAUGUAGACUAUAGAGGAGAGGAGAAGAUUGAGUCUCACAGUGAACAUGAAGACCCACAGGUUGGAGCUGAAAGAGAAACACACCAGAAUCAGCUUGUGACAAAUCCAGACAUGGACAGAACGGAAGGAGAGAGAGAAGUGAAAUCAAUCGAAAAUGAAAAUUUACCUUUAAUUGCAACAGAAGGACAAAAUCACCAAGAGCAGGACAUGACAGGUAGACAAGUAUUACGUGAUCGGGUCUAGGGUGGAGUAGAGCAGAAGAUGAAACCAGUUAAAGAAGAUUCAGGACUUCCAGUGGCAGAGGAGGCUGAAGGACAAAAAGAACAGCCGCAAAAUGUCCACACUGAUCAGGAUGUACAGGACAAAGAAGAGACACAGCAAGAGCCAAUGACUGAUGAGGACAAAAAAGAGAAAAGAAAUAAGACAAAGAAAGUAAAGGGAAAGAACGAGAAGCAAGUGAAAAAGGGAGGUUCUGGAUCAAUAGGACAUAAGAAGAACCAGAGAGAUCCAUCACAACCAGAGGCUGAGAGAACGACAGUGGAGGACGAGACGAAGCUUCAAUCAGAGACGCAGAAAAGAAAAGAGACAGAGAAGGACGACAUAGAGCUCAAACCACAGCAAGGAAAUGUCAGCCAACGUCUAUUGCAAGACAAAAAACAGGAGAUGAGAGAAGCAGAACAUGAGGAAAAAAAAGACAAAGAUCAGGAGGGAAACCAGAGUAACAUUCAGAAAACAACAGAAAGGGAAGCAGAGAAACAAGAGGAGAAACUGAAGGAAGAGAAGAUGGAGAAUGAGAGGAAGCUUCAGUCAGAGAGGACAGAGCUCAAAACACAGGAAGGAGGUGACAACCAGCAAGUUUUAGAUGCCAACAGACCAGAACAGACGGCUGAACAUGAGAAUAAAAAAGACAAAGAUCAGAGGGACGUAACUACAACGACAGAAAGUAAAGCAGAGAAACAAGAGGAGCACAUUAACAAGAAAGUGGAGGAAACAGAGGGAAAGAGGGAUGGAAGAGAGGAUAAGCCUCCAUCAGUCAGUGGGGAAAUAACACAGACACCAGACCUCAAAGAACAUGAAGACACAGCUGGAGGACAAAACCAAGAGAAGGAGCUCCAGGCAGAGAAACAACAGCAAGAAACAUCUCUGAGAAAGAUGGACGAAACCAAAGAGCAGCCAAAGAGAUCCACCAACAGGGAAUGGAUACCGUGGAAAGAGAGACGAAAACAGGAGUUGGGGAGAAAGAAAGGAGCUGACAUUACUGAAACUCCAAAGGAGGUCAAUGAGGUCAGACAGGAAGGACAGCAGCAGGCAGUGCAACAACAACUGGACGUAAAGGAAGACGUCACAGAGCAGAUACAGGACUUCUUUAAGAGUCUCUCAGAGAGAGGAGCUGAGUGUCAGGACACACAGCCGUUGUAGAUUGAUGUAAGACCUAUAAAGAAAGCAAAAAGAAGAGGAAAACAUCAACAUAUACAAGUGAAAGAGUUUCAUGUAGAUCAUCAACAGAUAGUUUGUAAGAAGAGGCCUCAGGAAGAAGACAGAGAGCCGACACAGGAGAGUUCUAAACAGGUAAAAAAGUGUCCAAUAACAGAUGAACCUGAAGGAAUGGAUCUUAGCUGACAACAGGAUCAUGCAUCUUUGUGUCAGGGAGACCAACAGGAGGAGCCGAUGGAUAGUUCAUGAUACAGCUGACAUUAGGACACUUGAAGGAGAAGGAGAAGAAGGAGGAGGAGCAAGCAGCUUACAACAUCUACACUGCGCAGCUAAUUUAUAUUUGUUCAUUCAGGUCUUUUGAAUCAAAUGUUCAAGAUUUUAACCAUAAAAAUAUCACUUAUUUAUUAUAAGAUUGUUUUUGACAGGACCAAAAUAUAAAGACCAACAAGCCGGGGGUGCACUGAUCUGAUUUUACCCUCAACCACUGGUCUUUUCCCCCAAAUACAGUAUGUUUUAAUAGUUGUUUUAAUCAUUUUUUAUACCAUAAAUAGAUUUUAAGUGUGUGCUCGUAAAUCAAACACUGCUGGAGAAAUGACAGUUUGGAGAAGGUGCCCAACUUUAAAUUCCUUGGCCUCCAUGUCAGCGAGGACCUCAAGUGGUCUGUAAACUCUGCUGCUGUGGUCAAGAAGACCCAACAGUCACUUUGCUUAAUCAGAACCCUGAAGAAGGCCCACCGCUCUGCCAGACUGCUGAAGUCUUUCUACCAGUGCACAGUAGAGAGCUUACUGACACACUGCACCACAGUCUGGUACGGAAACUGCUCGGCAGCUGACAGAGCGGCACUGCAGGGGAUCAUAAAAACUGCACAAAAGAUCAUUGGUCUCCUGCUGCGCCACUGGAGGAUGCUACAGAGCCAUAAAGACUCGUACUUCCUGAUUCAGAAACAGCUUCUAUCCAAAUCUACGAACUGAACUCACAGCAAUGAUAUAUUUCAAUAACAAGCACACUGUACUUUGCUUUGCUUUAUGUAUUUAAAUUUUCUACUUUUUACUCUGUGCAUGUGCGUGUGUGUGUGUGUGUGUGUGUGUGUGUGUGUGUGUGUGUGCGUGGAAGAAUACAGUUCCCCUUAAGGAAACACAACAAAUUUUCUUGUAUGCUUCAUGCAGUGAUAAUAAAGGCAUUCGAAUUCA